AUGAAGGCGUUCUACCAGCUCUGCGUUCUCAUCGGCCUGGUGAUCAAGACUCACUCAGGUCCAGUACCACCCUCUAUUGGUGAAGAGGACGAAGACCUGGCAAAGAAUUACCUGAAGAAGUUUUACAACAUGAAAGAGGAGCACACGCGGUCCGCUCGGUCCACUGACCACUCAGUCAGUGAGAUGAGUGAGAAGCUGAAGGAGAUGCAGGAGUUUUUCAGGCUGAAAGUGACCGGAACUCUGGACACUGAGACACUGGAAGUGAUGCAUAAGCCUCGCUGUGGGGUUCCAGAUGUGGCUGCGUAUGUCGAUGCUUCUGGAAGCUACAGAUGGACUAAAAACGAGCUGACCUACAGGAUUGAGAACUACACUCCUGACAUGUCUCAGGCUGAAGUGGACCAUUCCAUUAAGAGAGCUUUCCAAGUCUGGGCUGACGUCACUCCCCUCAGGUUCACCCGCAUUUACAGCGGUGAAGCCGAUAUCAUGAUCUCCUUCGUUGUCGGAGAUCAUGGCGAUAGGUCUCCAUUCGAUGGACCAAAUGGUAUCCUGGCUCAUGCCUUUGCCCCUGCUCCUGGCAUUGGUGGAGAUACCCAUUUUGAUGAUGAUGAGACAUUUACCUUCUCUUCUUCUAAAGGCUACAACCUGUUCCUGGUGGCUGCCCAUGAAUUCGGACACUCCUUGGGCCUUGAUCAUUCCAGUGAUCCUGGUGCUCUGAUGUUCUCCAUGUACAGCUUCAGAGAUGUGAAGAAAUUUCUUCUGCCCCAAGACGACAUCAGUAGAAUUCAGGCUGUCUAUGGUCCAAACCCUGAUAAACCUGUGGACCCUGAGAAGCCUGUCCCCACACCUCCAGUCACCCCUAAUGCCUGCGACCCUAAACUGGUCCUGGAUGCAGUUACGAUGUUCCGUGGAGAGAUGAUGUUCUUCAGUAAAGGCUUUUACUGGCGUAAUCACCCACAGAGUUCUGAGCCUGAGCAACGUCUGAUCAAGAGCUUAUGGCCUGAGGCUCCAGAUAAUAUCGACGCUGCUUAUGAGAGCCCAUUGAAUUACUUGGUGUACCUCUUUAAAGGUCAGAAGGUCUGGGCUGUGAAUGGUUACGAUAUUGUACAGGGGUUUCCCAAGACCCUCAGCAGCAUGGGCCUGCCCCGUAAAGUGAAGAAGAUCAGCGCCGCCCUUUAUGACCGGGAGACUGGAAAGACGCUGUUCUUCGUUAAUAAACGUUACUACAGCUAUGAUGAGACCACGAAGACGAUGGACAAAGGUUACCCUAAAUGGGUGGAAGAACGCUUCCCGGGAAUGACCGGGAAAGUUACUGCAGCUUUCCAGUACAGGGAUUUCACCUACCUCAUCAGCGGACCACUCGUGUUUGAGUUCGGCUACGGACGACUCCUACAAGUGACUUAUAACAGCUACUUAUUACCGUGCUAA